GAUGCACAUUUAAACACAGUUCAGGGGACCCUAAUCAAUGGCUUCUAUCGCAGAAAAAAGAGAGGUUGAAAUUAAAGAGAUUCCAUUUUGUUUGAAGAACUUACAAUUAUGCUUUGCGAAACCUCCGAUUAUCCUCAAAAGUCUCUCCAAUUCAAGCAAAAUGACAAAUUCUUCUCCAAGAUUCUGUCCAGAGAAAGUUCUAGAGCAAAUUACUCUUCCAGAAUCUACUACGGCGGAUUGGCCGGCGCCGUUCCCUUCGUUUGGGAGUCUCAGCCAGGUACGCCUAUUCACCGAUUUUCCGAUGACCUAACUCCUACUCUUACUCCUCCUCCUUCUUACUUUUCCGAUUCCGUUAAAAAACCGCUCAAGAAACGAUCCAAAUCUCUCUCUCUUCUCCACAUCUUGUUCAAUUCCAAGAGGAAAAUCGAUCUGUUGUCGCCGCCGUUUUCUAAAUCUGCCUCAUUGCCGUCUUCCGGAUCGGAGUUCGACUCGGCUCCCGGCGCGAAGUUCACAGGGCGGCGUUCGGGGCGGCGGUUUCCGACUGGAAUCUCGCGUUCGAAGGAGGAAGAGGAUGCGGCGGCUACUGGUUCGAUACUUUGUUUCGGAAUCAGUAGAUGAGCGGGGGAAUACGGUUCUGAAUCUGAAUCGGAAUCGGAAUCGGAAUCGGAAUCGGAAGCGAGGCUUUUAGAAUAAUGGUUCUGUUCGUUUGGUGUAUCGACAAGGCCAAAGGGAUUGGUUGAAAAUUUGGAACAUAAUAAUAAUAAUAAUAAAGUUUAACUAAUCAUCUUUUUAUUUCA